GUCCUCCAGCUUUGUAACAGAUGGUCAUCUGUCUGGGUAAAGGUGAUGGAAGGAGACCAGAGGUUUUUUUAACAAGUUGUGUUUACAGCAUCAUUUUGAGGUUAAAAGUUGGAUUGUAACAGAUGAUAUAUCCAGAGUAUAUAUACCACAGUCUGAAAAAAAAAACACUUAAAAAUUUAAAAGAAAUGGCAGAUUGUGUUAAAUAGACAGCAUGUUUUUUGCAAGUGGGGGGAAGGGGUUCAGCUUAUUAGAAAACUGAGAGGGCGAUACACUCAAAAUUGAAGGGAAAGCCAGGUGAUCUUUAACAUACUUAUAAUGCAUGUCUGCAGACUUUACAGUGAAGGAAACUUGGCCGUCAUAGGUGAAUUAGCCCAUGUGACAUGCAGGAUUUCAAAGAAGAUUAACUAGAAAGAGACACGCAUUUCAGUCUACUGAGAUAAUUUUAGUUACGCAAAGUGUGCUGUAUGCAUGCUUUAUGCUACUUAAUGUUUCAGUGCCUUUAAAGAAGGUUUUAUCUUAUUUCCGUUAGCUGUGUAGUAGAAAUGCCUUUCCUGUCACCAAUGGAUGAAAGAGAACCAGAACAUUUUGAUGGGCUUUCCCUCUUGUACUGGACUAUUAUGGGCCCUCAUGGAAUCAAUCGAGCCAUACACCGUAUUGUCUUUUCCAACUGCCAAAAUGGAUUAGGCAUUAAAAUUAUCGGAGGCUACCGAGAGCAAUCUGAAGAAGAUUUUGGAAUUUUCAUAAAGAGGAUCUUGCCAGGAGGGACAGCUGCAGUAGACAGUCGAUUGCUUAUUGGCGACCUGAUUUUAGAAGUCAAUGGUCAAAAUCUAGUUGGUGUGACCAAUGAAAGAGCUGUUGACCUCUUGCGAACGGCAUCAGCAAGCACUCAUGUAUCUUUACUGAUUGCCAGAGAUGAAGAAGCAAAAAAAGAGUUCCUAGAUCUUAUGGAGAGGCUCAACUCGCACAGCAAUGCAAGCUCUUCCAGGAAUUCCCCCACACAAAUGCUAACUGUUAAAGCUAGUGACAGUUUCUCUUCCGCGUCAUCUUCAAGGUCAACAAGCCCUCAGUUAUUGCAUCCAAAGGAUACAAAACAUCAUGGAAAACCAGCUAUAGCAACUCCCAUUCAAGGCACCACAAAUGACAGCGCAUUUCAGAUUAUCACAGUUUCCAAGGGAACAGGCCUCGGCUUGAACAUUGUAGGAGGCAUUAACAAGAAUGAAGGGCCCUUGGUGUAUAUUCUCGAAGUUAUUCCUGGAGGUGAUUGUCACAAGGAUGGCCGACUGAGAACAGGAGACCAGCUUGUUUCUGUUGACAAAGAAUCAUUAAUUGGGAUCACCUAUGAGGAGGCAAGAACUCUAAUCAACAGGACAAAGUUGAGAUCAAACUCUUCUUGGGAGAUUGCUUUCAUUCGACAUGAGACUGCUGCCAACCAAGUGGAAAAUCUGCAGUCCUUCUCUAGUCAGUUGCCUUCAGGUGGUUGUCGACUGAAACCUAUUCCAUUGGUGAUAAGUCCAGUUUCAUCUCCUGCUGAGAACAUAGCUUCAAAAAUACCCCUUCUGAGUGUGACAAAAGCUGGUUUCAAGAAGAGAGAGCAAUCUUCAGCAUUUUCUGCAAACAACAGUUCUUCUGACAUAUCUGCUGGAGCUGUUGUCCCCACCUGGAGUGACGAUUAUGGACCGCAAAGAAGGAAGAUUCCACUAAACCCUACAGUUCGUUUCAAAGCUGAUAAACUAGAGAUGGCUCUGAAUUACCUUGGGAUUCAGCCUUCAGAAGAACAGCAAGAAAUUCUCAGGCAGCAGCUUCCUAAAGAUUCUGAGGGAACAGUAGCUUUUGGAGAUUUUGUUCGGGUGGCAAGAAGUCUGUUCUCUAUACAGCUUGAUGAAGCUGGCGGGCCCCAAGGACGCCCUGGAUUUACUGCACAUGAAAUUGCCAGAUUAUUAGAUUCACAGUCUGUCUCCUGUGAUCCUUUCGAAAACGAUGAAAUGGAAGAACUUAGGAAAGAGCGAAAUGAAGCUUUGAAAGAAAUAUGUAAAUUGAAGGAAGAAUUGGCAGAGUCAGAUCGCAUGAGAAAGCAACUGGCUGAAGAGCUGCAAACUACCAAACAAGAAGCCAAGGCAUCUGUGGAAGAGACAAGAGCCUUGCGAAGCAGAAUUCAUCUUGCAGAAGCAGCACAAAAGCAAGCUCAUGGGAUGGAAAUGGACUACGAAGAAGUCAUCCGUCUGCUCGAGGGAGAAAUCUCUGAACUAAAGGUUCAGUUUGCUGAACCUUGUGGCCAAAAUAAAGAUGGCAUCCAAGAUUUAAGGAAGAGGAUUACUGUGCUUGACUGUCAGCUGAGAAAAUCUGAAGCAGCCAAGAAAACAUUUGAGGUGGCAACUGAAAAGUUGCUGCAGUUUGUUGAGGUUAUACCUGAAGUGCUAUCAGAUUGUUCCACUUCUCUCACCAAUGUAAGGGGAAAGAUGGCGAGGGACAGUGAUUUGUCCAGGAUAGACAAUGACAAAAAAGCCACCUUUUCCUCUAAAGCGAUCCUUGCACGCCUGGGAAGGAAUGGCCGCAGUAUCCCAGCAUCACUUGCAACUGAAGCCAAAGAACUUGCUAGAUCUGUCCGUGCCAUUCUGGAAGCUGAUUGUCUGCCUUAUGGAUGGGAAGAAGCCUACACAGCAGAUGGAAUCAAAUACUUCAUCAAUCAUGUGACACAGACAACGUCCUGGAUCCACCCUGUCACCAGUGUACUUUCCUUGUCGUGUUCCGAAGAAAAUGAAGAUGAUGGCUUCAGAGAAUCCCUGGAUCCCAAAAGCUGAGAAAAACCCCAGGCUGCCAUUGGGCUUCAACUUGGUUGUCAAGAAUCCCAUGUCUUGUAUUGCUGUACUAGCUCUGACUGAAAGGCGUAGAAGCUUGCUAUUGAAUAGCAUUUGGGACUGAGCCCACAGGCUACAUAACUUCCCUCAGUCUGCAGCCAUAGACUUUCUCUGUCAUAGGUCACAUUCUUGUCCUGGAUAAUCAAUGUGUUGAAUAACCAAUAUGCAACCAGUACUGCAAGUUCAGUUACAUUUUUUUAUUCAAAAAGAACAGUUUGGACAGGCAUCUGAUCUUAAUGACUUUUGGCCAUUUGUAUAUCUUUGGAUCUUAUCUGUUAAAACCAGUUCUCUAUGCCAUAUGAGAAACCUGCCCAAACCUGGAUCUCACCAAAUGUUUUUAAACUAAGUCUCAUCUCCAAGAUAUAGUCCAAAAUAUCUGUAGAGAACCAGUUAAGGAAACCUAAGCCUUGACUGACCAGACAGAAACCCAGGCCAAUGCCAUGAUGAUAGGUAACUUAUACACUCAUGUAUAAGUCUAGAAAUUUUAAUAAAAAUUAAUCCAAAAAACUUUGGUCAAUUUAUCCAUAAGUCCAUGUGAUUACUGUACCUUAAUUCUUAUAAAAAAGAGAAUUAUUUUUUUCUAUCAAAAGGCAAGAAUUUUGUUCAUCCCAGGGGAACCUAAAAGAAACACUGACAUUAUGGCACCAUUUCUGGCCUUUAUGAAUGCCUGGACAGAGAAAUGGUGUUGGCCAGGAGUGGCUGCUCUUCUGAGGCAGCAUUGGUGCUUUUCUUCUGUCUGUGGAAUUACUCUCAACGUAUCCACAGUUCAUACCAAAAUGCAUAGUUUGGGCCUCAAAACCUGCCCUCUACUUAUACAUGAGAUUGACUUGUAUAUGAGUAUUCUUGAGUCUCAAUAGCUGAACCGACUGUAUUGCCAGAAUACUGUUGAUGACAUAGAGGCAUAGACCUCCUAUUUCACAGUGUAUGUACUUCUACAAUUAUUGUGGAAAGAGGUACACAGUACGUCCUUGUGCAACAAUUCCUCCAAUUGAAAUCUCCAUCUCCAGAGAUAAUAAGUGUGAGUAUUCCUGAAAUCCUGACAGGCUACAGUGUGGCCUCUCUGAAAUUGGAUGAUGUUCAGGAAAGCCCCGAUUAGCUUUGGAAAUCCACCCUAUACCUCAAGCAGCCAAUGGCAGCAGAAGCUCAGCAGAAAUAUGAUGGCCAAAGUAAACCAGCAGCAGUAUUGUUGCAUCAUGGGCAUUAUCACUAGUUGAUAACAAGUUGUGUUUUAUCUGUACACCUCUUUCUCGCAUCUCAGCUGUUCUAGAGAAAACUGAAACAUUAUAUUUAUUGACCACACUACAGUUAUGACCAAAGUAUGUCUGUCAGUAAUAGAAAACCAUCCCUUUGUGCAUCUUUUACCUGUUAACGUGAUUCACAUUUUGCUAGCAAAGGAUAUGAAGAGUCGAAGAGUCACUGGGUUAGACUCAGUAGAUUUAUAGAAGCCAUUGAACUCUCUUCUGAGCAAGAUAGGGUCCUAAGGGCUUGUUUAUAUUAUAAACCCACAUUACUUUCAUUAUUGUGGCGUCCCUUCUUCAGAGACCCAAACAAACUUCAACUCUGUGUGAUGGCUGCACUCUUUUCCCCAUGAAUUCUCAGUACUUUCAUACUGCAGUUCACGGAGUCUUUGCGGGGAGCCAUGGCCUGGUUUAAAUCCGCAGCCUAAGAUGCAGUUCAGUUCAGGCAACAAUUGCUUAUUGCUUUAAUUUGAGAGUGGUUUUUUGAGUAGCAAUGCAGACGUUGCUUCUUUCCAGGCCCAAGUCUUCAUUUCAUAAUCUUCCCAACCAGUACACAAAAUGAGAAAUUAGGUCAACACUUCUACUAAUAGCCAUAGUUACAAUCUUUGUCUUCCUUUCCAACUAUCGAAUAGCAUAUGAACAACCUGGAGAUAUUUCUCUUCUUUUCCCCCCUACUAAUUAAUGGCUUCUCAGAAGUAGGUCACUAUGUUCACUGUGCUUCUUUAUCCUAGCAUCACCUGACCAGAUAAAACCACAGUCAGUUCACUAUAUUUUCUUUUACUGCCGUGUUGUGAUGCCUAUUAGAUCCAUAUAUAUUAAAGCAGAUUAUGCGCUCUUUAAAAAUACAAGAUGUUCCAUUAUGAAGAGUAUUUGUAAACAGAGAAAUGUAGACAUUAGCACUAAUACCUCUGCAGUUUAUAACAUUAGAUAAUAGGUUCUUUUAACAUUUUUAUAACAAAAUAAAUUACUCUAACUUUUAA